AUGCAAAUGGAAAGAUCUGCUGAUGAUUUGAUAUUUCUUACGAUACUCAAACCGUUGACCCAAUCAGUCACGGUAAGCAAAGUCAGCUUCAGCCGCGAAAUGUGGACGUCGUCAGCAUAUAGGAGGUAUGUAGUACAGUAUACCAGCCAGCCACCCAAAGGGCCCGGUUACACGAAAAUGACUUUGACUGGAAAACUCGUCCCUUCAAGUGUUAUUUUAACCUCGUGUAUUGUGUUGAUUUUGAACCUCGUGUUUUGCCAUGCCGAUAUCUCUAAUUGA